CGCCAUUUUACAUCUUUCAUGACCCAAAAGUUCGGUAACGUGAGUCGUUUGGGCCUCACUUCGUCUGAAAACGUGACGACUCUCAGUUGUUCUAUUAAAACGUUCUCUUAUUAAAAGACAAAAAUCUUGAGGAAACAUGUCUGGACGUGGAAAAGGAGGAAAGGCCAAGUCGAAGACAAAGACCAGGAGUAGCAGGGCUGGACUGCAGUUUCCAGUGGGAAGAAUACAUCGUCACCUAAAGAAGGGUAAUUAUGCUGAACGUGUUGGCUCUGGUGCACCUGUUUAUCUGGCAGCUGUGUUGGAGUAUUUGGCUGCUGAGGUGCUCGAGUUGGCUGGAAACGCUGCCAGGGACAAUAAGAAGACGAGAAUCAUCCCCCGUCACCUACAGCUUGCUAUUCGCAAUGACGAAGAAUUAAACAAAUUAUUGAGCGGUGUGACAAUUGCCCAAGGUGGAGUUCUCCCCAAUAUUCAAGCUGUCCUCCUUCCCAAGAAGACUGGCACUGGUGGCUCUGGAAAAGGGGACAAGGCUUCACAAGAAUAUUAAAUACCUGAUUAUUAUUUUAAAUAAUUUUUAUUUUCAUACUGACGGUUAAAGGAGACAUUCCGCGUAUCGUAUCAUUUAUUUUAUUAAUUUUCGAUCUGUUUUUUUUUACAAUUCAACGUUAGUAUUUGAGAGUAUCCGGUCAUCGCACCUCGUUAACUCUAUUAUUCUAUGAUAAACUUAUUGUUAAUAAAUAUGAUAAAUAAAUAAUUUUUCUGAUAA